GUGUAGGUGAAGGUGGUGUGGUGACAAACAGCUAAUUUGUGACAAUCGCCAUUGCCAUGUCAUUUUGUUAUUCUACGUAUUCAUUGAAUUGCAUCAUACAGAUUCAUCAUCCAUAAAGGGCUUUUAAACCAAACUUUGGAGAAAUAUAUCUUAUACGUUUACAGAAUUAUAUAAGACUGAGUGAAAACAUGAACAACAAUUGCCAUUCACCGAAUCUGAAUCCACAUCUUAAGAGCUUUGAUGAAGACACUCUGUUCCAUAUUGGAUUCUCAUCAUCUCAUGAUGAUCUCCCCGAGAUGUUUGGCGAUGUCAAGUUUGUAUGUAUGGGAGGUACCUCUAGCAGGAUGAAGAUAUACUCUGAAAGGUUCGCUGAUGAGCUGAAAGUGGAUUGGAUGGAUUACACCAAAGGAGAGAGAUAUGGUAUCUUCAAAGCUGGUCCUGUUUUAUGUAUCAGUCAUGGAAUAGGAAAACCUUCUGCAUCAAUUGUCCUCCAUGAAGUCAUCAAGUUGGUGAACUAUGCUGGAUGCCAAGAUGUUGUAUUCAUACGCAUGGGAACAUGUGGAGGGAUUGACUGUGAAGCUGGCACUGUUGUCGUCUCAGAUAAAGCCCUUGAUGAGAUGCUCAAACCAGAAUAUAACCUGCAUGUUUUAGGCAAGGUGGUCACCCGUCCUACCCAACUAAGUCAUGAAUUAGCAGAGGAUAUUCUGUCAAGUCAGUCAUCUAACAAUGGCUUCAACAUUAUCAGAGGGAAUACAUUGUGUACAUCAGAUUUCUUUGAAGGUCAAGCUCGGAUAGAUGGAGCUUUCUGUCACUAUACAGAGAAGGAUAAGAUGGAAUACUUAAAGAAAGUCAGAAAUGCAGGAGUAAGAAACAUUGAAAUGGAAUCAGCAGUGGUGGCUGGAUUAUGUAAUGCUGCAAAUAUUAAAGCUGCUGUUGUUUGUGUAACUCUGUUGGAUCGCCUGAAGACUGAUCAGGUGACUCUCACACAUGAUCAACUUAUGAAAUACGAGAUGAGGCCAAUGGACGUCAUUCUUGCUUUUGUCAGUAAGAAAUUAGGUAACCAAUAGAAAUUCCAUUACCAAUAUCUUCCUCUUUUUGUUACCCUAGGGACAUGGGAUGAGUUUUGUAAGGAUUCUUAAAUCUUGUUGCCAGAUGUACAUAGCAUUUAUGUUUUGCUUCUAAGCAGUUGCAAAGAGGUUAUAUUUUAUUAUAUUUGCAUACAAAUGAUAUAGUUUUUUUUAUAGAAUUUGUGUAGAUUUAAAAAAUCAGCAAAAGUGUAUUCCAUUUUGAAAUUUUGAAGACCUUGCACCACUUGAUGCAAUGCAUUGCGAUCAUAUAUCUAGCAUGUAUAUAGAAGCAACUUGGAAAUAGUGUAUUUUGGUGUUCUAAAGAAGUUCUUAUCUUGAAUAUAGAAAAUCUAUCAUAUAUGUAUGUCUUCAACCAUGUUUAUUUUGAAGGUAUCAUCUUACUGUAUUCUUUAAAUAAAAAAAACUUUAUUAUUUGAUUGUUAAAACAGUUUAGUACCAUGAAGCAUGUGUAUUGAACAGUAAACAUCCAACAAGAGAGACAUAAGAAAAAAAAACAAGCAAAAGUUUUUCAUUAAGAGGAUGCAACAAAAUAUUACAAAUAUUACUCAAUAGACUCUGAUCCUUACAGAAUGGUUGUUGCCAAAUCAGAUUUGGUGUAAGAGAGGGAAUUUCUGAUGUUUUCAUUCCAUCUCUAUAAUUUAUCUGAUUUAUUACAGUAAAAUAAAAUCAAGUAGAUAUAGUCAAAUAUAUCAUGUAAUACAACAACAAAACUUGCGCUAUUGUUUCAGUAGAAAUAAACAUGUUAGCAUUUGUGUGAAUAUAUAAUCAAUAUCAGAAGUGUGAACUUCAUGAACAACAUUGUGAUUUAUAUAUUUUUUUUUAAUGGAAAGCCCCACUAAAAAGCAAAGAUUGUACUUUGUGGGCUCUUCAACACUUGUGAUAUUUUGAAUACAUCUUCCUUGAUCAUAGUUGGUGGCUUGGUAUUUUAAGUUACUGCAGCUGUAUUAUACAGUACCAUUACAUUUUGCAUUCUUUAAAUGCAGUUACAUAUAAUCAUUUCGCAAUGGGGAAUAGUGCCAUAGUAUAUCAUCUUCGGUGUUGAGUCCAAAAAUUUAAACUCACUACAUUAGAUACCCUUCAAAUAACAAAGUCUCAAAGGUAGAGCUUGGUGUAGAAUGUAUUUAAAUUUAAGACUAGUUAUAAAGACUAUUACUGCCAUACAUAUACCAUUUACUGCCAAUGUUUACUAUUUAUUUAGUUCAUGAUUAUUUACUACCCCCACCCUUCUCAUCCAUUUCCAUAUCAGUAUGCAUGAUUAUUCCAUGUAAAGUGAUAAGCAGGCUAUGUUAUAUACUUCUUUUCAAAUGGUGCUUUAUAUUAUUUAUGUUGCAUGUCAGUGCAAUAUAAUGAAGAUAAUGAAUAGGCCAUGCAUUGACAUAAGAAGGGAUAGUUUUUUUAAUUACUUUUUCAUUUGGUGAUAAUAAGUGAUCAUUGAAAGACCACUGACUGUGUUCAUAUAAUUAUAUCACUUAGAUUACAAUUAAAGACAUUCCAUGUACAGAUAUUUUAAAUCACCCAGCAUAUUCUGCUGUUUUUCUUGUUUAUUUUAUUUUGUUAUGUGAAACAGUGGCCAUAAAGAGGAAUUAUAAGUUAUAACUGACAGAUUUAUGAUUACCCAGAAAAAAAACCCUUAGCUUGUCAAUUGAAAUGUAGGUUUUUGUUUAAUUAUGAAAACCUACAAAGCAGUUAUCAAUCUGUUUUCUUAACUUUGUUUUAUCCAACAUUGUUCAAUCCAUGUGAAAUAUGAAUUAUCUAGCUCAUUUGCAAGCCUAUCACUUUGAAUUCAAGAAUAUUUUUUCAAUCAUUCCAUUAUUUAAAAAAUUAUAACAUGUAUGUUUAGAAUGUGUUCAAUAUGAAAUAACUGAAAUACAUUUUGUGAGUCAAACUAUCAUGUUUAUCUUUAAUCAGAUUUUAUGUCACUUGAAAUUCAAUAGAUUUUAAUGUGUAUUUUUGUACCCUUUUAAUUAGAUUUUUUCUCAAGUUGAUAAGAGAAUGCUUGGCAGAGAAGUCAGACUUAGGAGAACCGAUUUGAAUGCAAGGCUGAUUGUAUUUAUUCUCACUAAAACACAAUGUGUAAUAUAAUUUCAAGGGUAUAGUUGUGCCAUGUUAUCACUCUACAAAUUAUUACAGGUGUUCAUAAUUCCCUCUUUGAUUUCUAUUUUGUAGUAGACUUACAAAUGGUUGUGUCGUAAAAUUUAUUCAUGACGUUACAAACAACUCUUUCAGCAAUUAAAAAAAGAAACACUGGAUAUUUUUCCAAUAAAAUGCAUCACUGAUGCAUUCAUAAAACAUCGAAAUGUAUUCAAGUUUUAGAGAAAAAUCUGAAAUUAUUAAAUAGAACAUAUAAAUUUGAAAUAAUCAGUGGUGUUCUGCA